CUGUUGUCGAGACUAAAAAGGCUAGGAACGGACGGAGUAACGGAAGUACGACCAAGCCAAAACGGAAAGCCACGUCUAUAUCUUCAUCGAAAUGCACGAAAACUGCUCACGAAGAUUCAGGCACUGAUGGUGCUGAGCGUACUGAGGAAAGAUAUGAAGAUGUUGAUGGCUCUGAGGAGAGCAGGAGCGGCUCAGAGUCCAGCAUCCCAGUCGCCAAUAUGCGUCCCAACCCGUCCCCAGUCAGCGAGGCAUUCUAUGGGUCCAGCGCUCGACCUGCACCUUUCCGUCGCCCCAUUGAUCAAGAUAUAGAUCCACGGCUGAGUAGCAAUUAUGAGGCGUAUAUCUACGACGGGACACAUAGCCGAUCCAAACUUAGUUCGACCAGGGCAUCAGGAAUGGAUGAACAAGAUGGCGAAGACGUGGACGGCGAACGAGGCCCAUACGAAUCACGGUCAGUGCCUCUUUUGGGUCAGGUCGAUUGCCUAUCUCUUACUCUUGUAUAGAUCUGAGGAUGCGUAUCAACCACUCGCAUCCCAUUAUACCCAUCAUGUAUACCCUUCCACACACGACCCUACAUCUCGGGCAUAUUUACACCUUCCUCCUCCGCCUGGUCGUGGGACAUACCAAUACUCCCCCGCUCACAGGAAUCAAGUUCAUCCCCAUCAUUCGGUCAUCCAACCUUAUCCUUAUCCGAUGGCCCCUGACGUUCCACUCUACACCGCUAACCCUUCGCCGCAAAUGCCUCAUGCCCAAGUAGGUUACUCUUCCGGACCGUCCGGGCCCCCACUCCACUCCCGUACGCCGACACAUUUGAACGGACACGGAAGUGGCCGAAGGGAAGAUGAUCGGAGUUCAAAUAGGUCGAGGCGGUCAUCUGUCAGUGAUCGCGGCUUCAACCCUGGGAGCGACGAGUGGACAACGGAAAAAAUGUGGGAGUAGAUGGUAUUUUAUUUUGUGACUAUGUGGCCUUCCUUUCUUCUUGCUGCGUUUAGAAUCAUUUCUUUCUUCUGAGAGGUUAUUAGAACAUCCUCAUCUAAUCCUUAUUCGGACAAAUCUUGUUUCCUUGUUGUUGGUGGCGAAUGUGCGUAAAUUGUGGGCGUUUUAGCUGUAUGCAUGAAGUGUAUGCUAUGUGAUCUAUGUGACCUGUGGACCUGUGACUUG